AUGCGGCGAGAGCUCUGUGCAUCCUCCGACAAUGAUGAUGGAAAUCAAAAAUUGUCUGUGAUUUGGUUUGAUCAAGCUGUUGUUAGAGCGGCCUUGCACGGGCGUGUGCUGAUUCUGGAAGGCCUAGAGAAAGCGGAGCGAAAUGUAUUGCCGGUUCUCAACAAUUUGUUAGAGAACCGCGAGAUGCAGUUGGAAGAUGGCCGAUUCCUCAUGGCUCCGCAGAGGUACGAUCGCUUGUUGGCCGGCCGCGAGGGCCGCGAGCGAAUGCAGCACCUGAAGCUUGUGCGUGUACACGAAGACUUCAGAGUCAUUGCGCUCGGGGUGCCCUGUCCUCCUUUUCCUGGUAACCCCUUGGACCCUCCUUUGCGAUCACGUUUCCAAGCCCGUCGCAUCGAUCGUGUCCCUGCAGACGUGUUCCUUCUGAAGCUGCGCGCCUCUCACGCUCCAAAUGCACCAAAAGAUCAUCUUGAAGAGUUGCUUAGUUUCCAUGAGAGCUUGUGGCAACUCAUGAAGAUGCAAGCCGAGACAUCUGGAAUGGAAGCCCGCCACUUAGCCUUCAGCUCCCCGUGCUAUCCCUGCGAGGAGGCCAUAAUUUCAGCUGCGCAGUUGCUUCAGAAGGUCCCAGGCCUUACUGUGCAGGACGUGGUGAAGGUGAUUUUUCCCUUUGGGGAAGGCAGUGGGUUGUUAACAGCAGAUGCUGCACAGCUGGUGGCAGGCAUCUUACCCCACGGGCCCCGUUGUGAGGCUGGCGAGGGCUUGGCGCCAGUGUUGGAAGAAGUCGUGGAAGAGGGUGCAGAUGCGUGUCUCAAAGUGCGGGUCGGCCCAGCGUUGAGCCUGGUUCGGUUGCAGCGUGGGCCUGGCAAAGUCCAAAGCAGUUUCGGCAGCUUGCCGUCACAUCAGCUGCAGGUACUCACUGGCAUGCUUCUUUCUGCAUCCAUUGGCCGAGACAUUUGCCUCAUCGGUCCAAGAGGGGAGGGCAAAACGUUUCUUGCUCGGCUGCUUGGGCAAUGUUUGGGUCAUCCUACUUUAGAGACAUUAUUCUUGCAUGAAGAGAUGACAGCUCGAGACCUCUUCCAGCGCAGGGGGACCAACCGAAGGGGAGAGAGUACAUGGGAACCAUCCCCACUUUUGAACGCCAUGCAGUUUGGCGGCAUUUGUGUCCUUGAUGGCUUGCAACAACUCCGUCCAGGAAGCCUGGCUACAUUGGUUCAGGUGAUUCAGGACCGCGAGGUUACGCUGUACGAUGGCACGCGCUUCGUGUCGCCAUGGCGCUGGAAGCUGCUGAUGAAAUCCCUGGACUUGACUCCAGAAGAUUUGUUUGGCAGAGGCCUGCGUUGCACCCACCCGACUUUUCGCUUGAUUGCCUUAGCGACCCCGAAUGACUCAAGAUCGCGCAGUUGGCUGACCAACGAGGCCCUGCAGCUCUUCCACUUUUUUACACUACCUCCUCAGCCAGAUCUGCUUGCCGUGGUUAAAGCUGUGCCCAACUGCCCAGAACCGGUGGUUCGCUCACUUCUGCGGGUUCGCCAGCUUCUUUACGAGGCGUCGCAGGACUCCAGCUCAGCCCUUUGGGCAGGCAACAGGGGACAGGUGCAUGUGGGGAGCUCUUUGGUCAUGUUGUCACUGCGUUCAAUUCUUCGCGCAGCAAGAACUGCUGCAGCUGCACCUGCAUCUGUGGACAUUGCAUCCGAGAUAGGCGAAUAUUUGCAUUCUGCUCUGAUGACCGAUUUUAUGCCACUAGCUGAAAGCACAGCGGUGCUGGCAAUCUUGCGCGCCUCCGGCUUUGUCAACAAACCCCGGGCUGCGCGCUUGCAAGAGGCGGUUGGCAUGACCAUCGAGGCAGCAGACCUGGAAGCUGCAAACCCUGUCCUGCAAAUCGGCACGGCUUUCUGCAGCGUUCGUGCCCCAGAGGAGAAGACACUAGUGCCGGAGACAAAGUUCUUCCACAAUCCGCAGCAAACAUUGGUUCUGCAUGACAUGCUUCGCGACAUUUCCGCGGGAGAGCACCUGCUUUUGAUGGGCAACCAGGGUGUGGGUAAGAACAAGCUGAUUGACAAGAUGCUUAUGCUCCUGCAUCGGGAGCGUGAGUAUCUCCAGCUGCACCGAGACACAACUGUGGGCUCUCUCACGGUGGUGCCAAGUCUGCGCGAUGGUGUUUUGUCUUAUGACGACUCACCUUUGGUUAAGGCCAUGAUUCGCGGGCGGGUUCUCGUGAUAGACGAGUUUGACAAGGCUCCGACAGAGGUUGUCUUGACACUCAAGGGGCUCCUGCAGGAUGGUGAGAUUCUGUUGGCUGACGGGCGGCGCUUUGUGCGCCAUGGCGUGCGUCACCUUCAUGAUGGCUCAAACACGAUAAUCCACAAGGCAUUUCUUGUCGUGGCGCUCGCAAACCGGCCAGGCUUCCCCUUUUUAGGAAACGAUUUCUUCCGCGAGAUGGGGGAGUCGGAGGUUGCCAUGCUGCAGUCAUAUGCUCCGCAGAUGUCCACGGCGCUGCUGCGGAUGAUGUCUGCAUCUUUCAAUGAAUUGCGGCAGCUGGUGGAGGCUGGUAAACUUUCAUAUCCGUACUCCACACGGGAACUGGUCAACAUAGUGCGGCACUUGGCAACUUAUCCAGCUGAUUCGAUUGACACCGUUCUUGAAAACGUUUUUGCAUUCGAUGCAUUCGACUUGCAGCUCCGGCGUACAGUCUUCGACGUAUUUCGGCGUCAUGGGCUUCCACUGGAGUCUGAUGCGGCCACGCCGUCAAGAUUGCAGCGUCACCGCCUUUCAGCAGUCCUGCAACUGGGGCCACCAGAAGAGGUGGCUACUUUCCAGCGGUUUGAUGGUGAGCAUGCUUGCCAAGUGAAGCUAGAGAUGUCCGGCACGCCGAGCUCUAAAGUACUGCUGUUCAACCACAUGCGAGUCUUUGAUGUAGACGUGUCUUGGUCUUUCUCGGAGGAGGAUCGUUGGUGGGCAAUGGGUUCGGUAACUCAGGAUGGCGUCGUGAUCAGAGGUAAGGAUCCCAUCACUGGUUCUUGGUUUGGAGAGCUUCUUGGAAUGGAAGCUGCACAGGGUUGUCUGUGCAUUCUGACCAGCCAAAUGAUGCUGCACGUUUACGACGUGCAUCAGGAAGCUUGCCGCCAAAUAUCAUUGGCAGUUGGCAGCUCACUGAGAGAUCGUUCUGCAUAUGCUGCUGGGCGGCCUUUGCUCCAUGUACCGGACUCGAAAGGAGGCUGUGUCUGCGCUUAUGAUGUGCGAAAUGCUCUACAUUUGAGCAUAUGGCCUGCUGAUGGCUUUGUGGACAGCUUGAGAAUAAGGCCUCCAAGUUCGCCAGGAGAGCACAGUCAGGUUUUGUGUGCUGGGCUUUUCGCAGAUCUGCCACUGGCAAUAUACUAUGCCGAUGGCGGCCGAGAGAUUUUGCUUGUCCGUUGUGGCCUUUUUGACCACAAUGCAUCUGCAGCGGCUGUGAGGCUUGGGCCGGAUUUGCCCGACGAGAUGGGACUGCGUGCGGUCCAUGUCCUCAGUCGAGAGCGCCUUCUAUUGAGAUGUGUCGAUUCGCAAGAAGCACUAUCACUCUUCGAGCUCGUGCUCAACGCAGGCACACCUGGCGUGGCAUCCAAUGUUGAUGCAUACUUGACCUGCGUGGGUUCUUCCCAGUGUCUCCUGCGGCUCGCAAGCCUGACGCCCGAAAUCGAGCCUAGCUUUUGGUCUGCACCGCUCACCCAAACUGAGAUCAAUCUUCAGGAGCAUGUAGCCGGAGUUGCAGAAGCAGAUGCAGAGGGAAAAGCCCAGCCGCUUGCGCACGUCUUGAUGACGAAGGAGAUGUAUUGCUUUGGCUGUGGAUUGAAUGUGGACAUGCCAGGGCGUUCUCAUCCAAUCAUUGGUUUUAGGCGUUCUCCUCGUGGUUCGGAAGCGCAAGAUGCCCUGGAAGUGCCAACCAGGUCAAGGCAUUCGGUCUCAUGCUGGCAUGGGGCAUCGCAAAGCGUUGUGUCGGCCUCAUGGGUCAGCGAGUGCGCUCGCCCAGUUUAUGCCGUGGAUCGUGGCUCCGUGUGGGUUGAAGUGGUUGAUGUGGCAAAUGCGCAGGUUCGCCACAUCAUCCUUGGAAAAGUCCCAGGUUUGGGCUUGUCUUCUGCGUCUCAGGCGGGGUGCGGAACAGACACCUCCCUAGCAGGGCAGGGCAUGCUCUUAACCAAACGCGAAUCUCCUGAUGGCCGCAUUCGCAAAGAGCCCGUGAAGGUUGAGAUGCCAAGCUGCAUCGCCUGCUGCGAGAUGGGUGAUGGCCGCCUUGCCCUGCUGUUCGCCGACUCUCACAUUCGUAUCCUGGAGAUUCGCCGAGGCCCACUUGCAGUGCAGGAGGCGCUUUACAGCAGCAUGCAGGGGAUGGAAGAGCAUACAAGCAGUUUUCCCGGCGAGCAAAAGGAGGAGCCCCUGGACAUUCUGGACAUUCAGGAUUCAGAUGCUGAGGGUUCCGAGGGGGACUCGGAUGAGGGAGAAGAUGCAGAUGAUGAGACAUCUGAUGGCGAUAUGUCAGACUCUGUGGGCGGAACGGCAGGAGGGUCGGGCAAAGGCCCACGUGGCAAACGAGGUUCGGGCAGACGUGGGAAGGGGAGGGCUAGGGGACAGCACAGCCAAGGCAAGUUAAUCCAGGAAUCAAAAGAAGGUGCCGGCAAGGUCCUACAGCAGGCCCGAGAGCGUGCCAUGCUCGCAGUUGGGAAGGAAAAGUUUCUAUUUGAACUUGCAGACCAAGAUCUUGCCAAGUACGAUGAGCUCUUCCGCACAGUUGAAAAGGAAGUUCUGCAGCUACGCGUCAUUCUCCAGUCAGUGGAGGCAAGGGAGAGGGAGAGGACGUGGCUGCGGGGGAAGACAACAGGUGAACUAGAUGACAGCAAGAUAGUUGAUUUGGCCAUUGGCGAGAAGAAUGUCUUCAAACACCGCGGCUUAAGAGAAGAUCCAUCUAUGGCCCAGUCCAUGCCAAAGCGACUAUCCUUCGUAGUUGACGUCAGUGGAUCGAUGGCCAUUUUCAAUGGCGACGGGCGGCUUGACAGGCUCUGUGCCUCCAUGGUAAUGAUUAUGGAGGCCCUCUCUGGCCUGGAGCAUAAAUACAUGUAUGAGAUCAUUGGCCAUAGUGGGGAGACGGACUGGCUGCCUUUCGUCCAAAUGGGAAAAGCUCCUCGCAAUCGAGCCGAGCGAUUUGCUGUUGUGAAUGCUAUGGCCGACCAUGCAUCGUUUGCUCGCAGCGGUGACAAUACGCUAGCAGCUGCCAUCAAGGCAACAGCAGAGAUUGCCAAAGAAAAGGCAGAUGAUUACUUCGUAUUCUUGAUUUCAGACGCCAAUCUUCGAGGUUAUGGCAUCUUGCCACAAGAUUUGGCAGCCGCCCUCACCGGCGAUCAACGGAUCAAUGCCCAUGUCAUUUUCAUCGCAGAACCAGAAAUUGCAGAAGAAAUGAGAGUAGCGAUGCCGGCCGGCCACGCACAUCUUGUAUUGGACACGGAAGACAUGCCUCUGCUGCUUAAGAACAUCUUUGCAAGAGCAGUGCUGACAGGUCUCACACCCAGCAAGCGAGAUCCCGACCCUGCAGAGAAUGGGGACGAGGUGGAACUGAAGGUCUCAUGGAAAGAUUUGGGUGGAGCUUGUGAGGAGCUUAUCGAGUACGAGGUGGGGUCGUUUGUCUCCGCAGUGCCAUCUUGCGGAAGUAGGACCUGGCUUGCCCCACUGCAUGGUUCAUUGAUGUCUUCCGCACGACGCCUUUGUUCAAGAGCGGGACCGCAGGAAGUGGUGACCAUUAUGCGUGGAUAUUUCUGGAAGCUGAACAACGGCGUAGAUGUGUCCUCUGCAAGUCUCAGCAACUUGACGAACUGGCGAAGGCGCAUCUUCUGCCUGCAGCGAAGGGCUUCAACCACAGCCAGUACCUCAUUGGUUUAA